GAAGGAGAGAGGGGGAAGCUUAGAGUAAAAGAUGAGAGACAGAGAGAAGAAGAGCAGGAUAAAGAAGAAGCAGAGUUCCCAAUCCAAUUCAUCACUCUUAAACCUGACCAACCUCCCAAGCCAGAGCCUCCUUCUCCCUCCACUACCGUCCCCAUCAUAGAACCCAUACCGAAGGAAGAGAAGCAGCCUCACAUCGAGGUGGUCUACGACGACUUCUCUGUCAAAGAGGAGAAGCCUCUUAUCAAGAUGGUCUAUGAUGAUUUCUCCGUCAAGCCCCGGAGGUGGGGGUCUCAGGCCAGGUUACUCGCCGACCGUGCCCAGGUCGAGUCACCCUCCCCUGGGACAGAGGAGCCUGGGUCAUUGGGCCCCUCGGAAAACGACCUCCAGAGAACCGUUGUUGACACCCAGGAGCCAUCCCAAGAGAGUCCAGUCAGCGUCGAACCUCACCCAGCCGAGAGGGACCUAGAGGGGGGAGUCCCCACCCCAAAGGAUGGGACAGAGAAUGAGCAGGAGAAGGAAAAGAAGGAGGAAGAGAAGUAUAAGGAGGAGGGCACCAGCGUGGACACGGAGGAGGACCAGUUGAGGUGUUGUGUAGGGGCAGGAGAGGGACGUGACACAGAGGCUCUGAUUGGUGGAGAGCCAGACAAGCAGUAUGGGGGCUGUGACACGAGACUGUCUGAGGAUGACUGUCCGCAGAUGACAGAGGACCAGAUCUCGCCUGUCAUCACACCAGAUGAGCCUGACAGUACGUCUCCACUAGAAGAAACAGAGGACAAGGUAUUGCCUGUCAUCACACCAGAUGAGCCUGACAGUACGUCUCCACUAGAAGAAACAGAGGACCAGGUCUUGCCUGUCAUCACACCAGAUGAGCCUGACAGUACGUCUCCACUAGAAGAAACAGAGGACCAGGUCUUGCCUGUCAUCACACCAGAUGAGCCUGACAGUACGUCUCCACUAGAAGAAACAGAGGACCCAUUACCCUUUCCUGAUAUCUCCGCCCCUCUAUUGGACACCAGUGUUCUGCGUGCGAGGGCAGAGCUGAGGAAGAGUCGACGAACCCGCCCCCCUCGAACUGUCCGUCAGAGCUCUACCACAGUAAUGCUUGAGGAAGACCCAGUCCACGACUGGAGGUUCUAUGACUCCUCAGAUAAGGUGGACUCGCUGACACGGGGGGAUUGUGAGUCUGAUGAGGAGCAGCCCAGAGGGAGGGAGGUUUGUUCACCACCUUCCCAGCCCCAGAGAAUAGCCCUCUUCUCUGGAAUGGACCCAUCUGCCCUCAAGGCCCAACUGAAGAAGCGAAGAGGUGGAGGAGGUGGUGGAGCCGGUGGAGGUGAAGGAGUAGACACAGACCGUCAGACGGACAGACUUGCCCCGUCCCCCUCUCAGCUCUCCCGCUCUCCCAGACGUUCCUCCUUCCUCCCCGGGGCAUCACGAGUGCUGCCCCCUGUAGGGAACAAAGGUGGAGGGGGGGACACGUCUCCUUCAUGGCUGCGAGAACUCAAGUCUAAGAAGCGCUCGAGUCAAUACAACAGUGAGGCCUAGCUGAGCAGGGCAGGGAGAUACCAUUGACAUGGAGAUCAUCCAACUGCUACUGCAGUUAUUGCUGCUGACAAACACCCCUGUGACAAACACAGCUGUGGGCUGGACUCCAAUCAUGUGCCUUUUCAGAAACUCACUUUUUUUAUGGAUGAAGAUACUUCCCUGCAUUGUGACUAUCCUUUUCCACGUUUCUAUUUGUCAAAGGAACUAUGAGCAUGUAGACACUUUAUUUGCAACACACACACACACACACAAACAAAGAUGAUUCAAGGAGUCGACUCAAAAUGCCUUUUUCUGUUAAUUUGCAACAUUUUGACAAGUGCCUCUUAUCCCAGGCCACUAUAUUUUCUAGACUGUUUCUCUCCAUCCAUCCAUACUUGCAUUCCACAUUCGCUUGACAUAAUUACCAUGUGUGUUUAGGUCAUGUACACAAAUAUCCACAAUACCGCGAUGUUCACAGACAUACUUGAAUUGUACAUGUUUUGCCACCUAGCCAUGAACUCUCCUUCUUUCUCAAUUAAUCUCUUGUUUUGAACUAACCCGUCUGUUUCUCUGCUCUGUUAUGUUAUGCACUCACGCGCUGCUCGGAUGAGCUGCUCUUGAUAAAAGCAUCUGCUAGAUAAAUCGAUAUUAUCACUACUCUAUCCAAACAGGAAAAGGGGAGGAGGAUGUCUGUCUGGAGGUUUUUGAAUAACUUCCUUAAAACCUUUACUGAAUGUCUCAAGACUUUUUAAAUCAGGGGUUGGAGCAAAAUUAUUUUCCAAUCGUUUCGUUCUUAAUAGAACCAUAAUUGUUUUCGUUCUGUUCCACUGUUCCGACCAACAAAAUAAAGUUCUGAACCGGUUCAAACCCCAUAAAAGUACCAGUUUA